AUGUCUUGGAUAUAUCCUUUCACAGAAGAAGUAGAAGGUCCAUUCUCUAUUGCUGAAAAGUUAAAAUCGACGCACGCUAAUUUGCCUUCACCACCACCACCAUCUAGGCCUAUCACCAUCUCUAUUGUUGGUGCUGGACAAAGAGGGUCAUUGUAUGCACAAUUUGCGAAUAUUGAACCGAAAUGGGCCCAAGUAGUGGCUGUUGCCGAACCUGUAGAACAUCGAAGGAAUGCAAUGGCCGAGUUGUAUAAUAUUCCUAAAGAAAACGUCUUUACUAAAUGGGAAGAUAUGAUUGAAUGUCCAAAACUAAGUGAUGCGGUUAUUAUUUCGACGUUGGACAAUCUUCAUGUCGACCCGUUAGUUGCAUUUGCAGAUAAGAAGUAUCAUAUUUUGUUAGAAAAACCCAUGGCUAUUAAUAUUGAAGGCUGUGUGAAGAUUACCGACGCUAUUGUAAAGAACGAGGUUUUAUUUGCUGUGGGACAUGUUUUAAGAUAUACACCACACAAUAUUUUGGUUAAGGAGAUAAUCGAUGCCGGUUAUCUCGGAAAUAUUGUAAAUAUUCAACAUGCCGAGCAUGUUGGAUUCUGGCAUUUUGCGCAUUCAUAUGUAAGGGGUAAUUGGAGGAAUGAGGCUGGAUCUAGUUUUUCUUUAAUGACAAAGAAAGUUAGCUCAUUCGGUAGUUUAAUGCAUUUUAAUUCAGAAAAUAAACCAAAAGAAGCAGAAAAUGGUCUUGAUAAAGGGGUGCGAUCUUGGCCUGUCAAUGUUGUUACAGAUAUUGUUGAUAUCGAGAAUUUAGAAAAGAAUUUAAUAAAUGGACCUUAUGGAAAAUGUGUUUACGAAAGUGAUAAUGAUGUUGUAGAUAACCAAGUUGUUAACCUGGAAUUCAAAAAUGGAUCAACGGCAAAUAUCACUAUGAUAGCAUAUACUGAGGCUAUUACUGAAAGAAAGAAGGAAAUAUUAGUGCCAACUAACAUUCUUGGUGUUGAAGAUCUAAGUGGUCAUGCUGGUGGUGACAUGGCUCUAAUGCGAGCAUUUAUUUACUCUGUUAAUGAAUCAUUUGACACUUCAAAGGAUACAAAAAAUUCGAAUGAUAAUCCGUAUAUAAAAACUGGCAUUCAACAAGCUUUACAUUCACAUUUAUGUGUGUUUGCGGCGGAACAUUCCAGAAAAACUGGUGAAACAGUUAGUAUUCAAGAUUAUAAAAAGAUGAAAGGAAUUGAAGAUUAA